ACCUCACCAAUCUCAUCUCAUCUCAUCUAACUCACUCACAACCAACCAACUCAUCUCAUUAUCAUGGACUCUUACGACGCCACCUCCAACAGCGGUCAGCUCGGCACCGGCACAACGCGCCGUGGCGAGGACAACAUGGACUCCCAAAACACCACCGGCAUGAACCGCGGCCAGGGUGGUCUCAUGGACUCGGACCUCGACUCGAGCAACCGCCGCACGGGCGGUGGCCUUACGUCGGACAUGGACCGCCAGCAGCAGUCGCGCUUCGACAACACCUCGUCCGACCUCGGCUCCGACACCCGCCGCAUGGACGACCUGGAUCGCAACCAGAACACCACGAGUGGUCUCGGCGGAAACACUCGUAGUGGCUUAGGCGGAAACAACAGCGGUCUCGGUGGAAACACCAGCGGUCUCGGUGGAAACAACCAGUACGACACGACGUCGAACACCACCGGCUCCCAGUGGGACAACAACAACACCACCUCCGGCUUGAACAAGCCCACCAUGGGCGACAAGGUCAAGGGCACGGCCGAAAAGCUCGCGGGCAAGGUCACUGGCAACGCUGGCAUGCAGGAGCGCGGCCAGGAGCGCAAGCUCGGCGAGUUCGACAACAACAACAACAACUACUGAAGGAGUUAGCCCUGGUGUAUCUUUGAAGGGACUUGUAGGAUAAAGCCAAUCUGUACCACAACUUGAAAUCCAACGCAAACGAUCUUCACACAUCUUUUCUUGACUAAGAUUGGAAGG